AACAUUCCUCCGCCUUUUCCUAUAAUAAUAAUAAUGGAUCCGUUACUUUGGUGGGUGAUUUUGGUGUGUCUUAUCAGUCUAAUCACAGCAUUGUCAUUCUACUUAUUGUACAAUCUAUCCGUUGAUUAUUUCAAACAAAAAAACACCACUAAACGUCGAAAAACAUCGAAAUUAAGCAAAUACAAGUUCGAACGGACAGACGUUGAAGAUUUGACUAGCAUAGAGAAAAACUAUCAACACUUUAAUCCAAAAAUCACUUUCGUUAGUGAGGUGGAGUUCAAGCCACAGGCGCCGAAAGUUGGCAAAGUGAGGAGCCGAAAAGGUUCGUUAUUGCCGGAUAUUCACGAGAACAGCAGCUGCCAAGGGAGCCUCUAUAGUGUCGAGGAUAUUAUGAGUGAGGUGAACAAUGACAGAAGGAAUAGUGAGUUAUUGCCCAGGAGGUUCAGUUUGGUUACUGAAGGCAUGCGCAAGAACAGUUUGGCCUCCACAUCUGGAAAGUUCACCCUAAAACCGGAUUACAAUAACGAGAGUACUGACACUCUGGAUUGUCUGGAUCCGACCACCAUAGAGACUAAACGGAAUAUCGCCAAUAUCGAAGACGAUGUGCAAAAGACAGAAUAUGAAAUUACAUAUUUUAUGGGAGCCAGUAGAAACCUGAAGUUCUAUGAGAUUAAUGAGAAACUCAUCAGGUUAAAUAUGGCGCUAAGCGAGUUAGAUUGCUGCAGUGAGGAACUGAGGAGAAGGAAGAAAGAGGUGCAAGGGUACAUCGGGAGAUGUAAGGAGCAGUUGAAUAGUAAAGUGCAGUGAGGAGAUCAGUAUUAAAAUUACGUUUCUAAGUA